AUGGAUAUACCCGGUGACGCUAUCUCCAAGACUCCAAAGGUUGCAUUCUCUAAACAAGAUUACCGGCAUAACCCAACGCGGGAAGAACGAUCUAUAUCUCAAAUGAUGGUAAGAAUCACCAGUCUUGACUGCCUCCACGCCUUCUACGCCAUAUGCUGAACCAUUCUCCAGGAGGACCUAGGGGACCAUCGUAUCGUUAGCCUACCCCUUUCUGGAGCGAGAGUAUUCGGCACCGCUCCCGCUCCGAAUCCUGAGAGGGGGAGAGCUCAAAAUUCCCAGCCGGCACUAGAGGGCGACCAUGUGGAGGCGUGGGCAGGUAAGCAUGCAUUGCGUAUUUCUUUCUGCCUCUCUCUCCUCUCCCCCCCUAUUUGGGGCCACCAGUUAUCCUAGUCCAAUGGUAACCUCCUGGGCGGCUACCUUGAAUAACAUAUCAGGAUAGCAAGGGUUUUAUAUCUCUUGCCCCCCCCCCUCUCUUUUUUCUUCUUUUCGAUCCCGCUGACACAAAUAGCACUAUUCGACCCAAGCUUGGUAAUCGAGCGUAACGACGGCCUUGGAGAGGGCCAGAGCUAUCGUCUUGGGCCGAAUUACCUACCAAUAGCGGAGCCCAAGGGCAAAUAUCCUCCUAAGGGGUAUCACUUCAGGCCUGGGAGCGACCCAAACUCGGGUCGGCUCCCAACACAAGGACCCCUUCCUGGGCCCCCUGGGCCUGGGGCCGCCGAUGAUACUCAAAUACCACCCUCUGAUCGUGGACGGACCAUUCGCUCUCUAAUCUCGAGAACAGGCUUCCAGAUCCGAAGCGAUCCGAGCAGAGUAACACCUCCUACCGUCUCACAGUACCCACGAAAAGCUUUUCGGGGAGGGGCACCUGGUCACGGAAUUCCACGUAGGAAAGUGAUGUAUGUGAUGCCCCCAAAAUGAGGAUUCAGCAACUAACAUGAGCUCACUAGGCCCACCACUACCAGUUUACCCCCCUUCAUGCCUCUUAGUUCUCUCCCUCGCUCAAGCUCACUUGAUUCCCCUCGCGGCACCAGAAAAGUUCCGGACAACCCUAGUGUCAAUCAGUAUAUUCCCACUUGUCAUUUAAUACCCCGCUACUACACUAACAUUUCCUCAAUAGUUGGCACACCGGCAAUCUUAUGACUGCAAAUCAAGAUUUCUACGACUACAUCCAACCGAAAAUAGGAGGGCACAAGUCCACGGACCCUCCGGCUCCGGAGAUGGAAACAGGUGAGAGCAGGAACAUUCAGCUAACCCUGAAACCGUGCACUACCCCAAACGUUUUGCGUAAAACCGAUUCUCCCCAAUCGGUGGAUAACGCCUUCAACAAAGUUGGGUCGGAGAAGUUUGCUGAAGUCGCCUCUACGACCAUUCCCGGAAUCAAUGGGGCAGAAGCUAGACAGGAAUUGGCUUCUCAAAGUGUGGUGGCGGAAGGGGAGAAAAUAGCCAAUCAGGAAGCUAGCGGGAUUUCUCAGGCAGCAUCUCAGUUCGUCCCGAGGGCCAGUAGUGAUUCCGGUAAAAAUCUGAGCACUGUUCCUGACGUAGGAAGUCCCCGGUCCCGGAAAAACAACCCCGAGCCCCAACCUCACUUCAGCCUGCAAACCGUAUUCGAAUGGUUAGAAAGAGAGGUGCAAUUAACUGCUCGCGCUCUCUUGGGGUGUAGCUUUGACAGCCACGACUACGAGAUCAAAGAAAUCUUUAACAAAACCCGUCUCAAGACCCUCACCGACAGGAUAGAUGCAGCAGACAAUCUCCUGUCAGAGGAGAUGGCCAAAAUGUACCAAUUCAAGACUUCGCUUGAGGAUAUAAAGUCAAGAAGCAGUAAGAUGGCAGAUGAUUUCCUUAAAACGCAAAUGGAACAUGAUGAAUUUGUGACGAAACAGAAGAGGGUUGCGGAAACGGAGGCAGGCAAAAAGGCUGCCGAGGAGUUUUCUUUGAAGAACGGGCUUGAGAAGCAACGUCAGGUGGAACUCCAGAGGGAGAAACUCCUCCAAGAGGAACAGCGGCUUGACGAGAAGCAGCGGCUGGAAAAACAGAGCCAAGAGGAGAAGUUGCGGGAGGAGAAACUCGAGGAGAAGCACCAAGAGGAAAAACUCCAGGAGGAGAAGCGCCGGGAGGAGAAACGUCAGGAGGAGAAGCGCCGGGAGGAAGAAUGCCGGGAGGAGAAGCGCCGGGAGGAAGAAUGCCGGGAGGAGAAGCGUCAGGAGGAGAAACGCCGGGGGGAGCAACGCCAGGAGGAGCUUAGGAAGGAGAAACUCCGACUAGGGGCGGAACGCCUUGAAGAGCAGCGAUUGGAGAGGCAGCGGCGAGAGAAGCAGAGGAUAGAGAAACGGCAACAAGAAGGGGAACUCCUAGGGGACGACCAACCCCAAAAAGAAAGGCAGCGUGGGUUAGAUCGACUCCGUUAUGAGAAGCAGCAACUUGUUGAGAAGCAACGCCUUGAUAAGCUUCUGAAUGAUGAACGGAUUAAAGCCGAGCAAAUGGAGGUCCGCCGCCUGGCAGCUCAACGUACGGAAGGCCAACUUCCCGGGGGGCGCCAGGAAAGGAAGCAUGCUCAAAAUGAGGCGGAAGAAAUGCUUACUCGAGAGCGCCUGGGCGGGGGCAAGGAAUUGGGAAUAAAUGGCCUUGAUGAGUAUCCCGACCCGUACGGUAGGGGGCGCAUUGAGGCGGAGAACGCCCAUGAGAAAUUUCGAGAAAUCACCCAGGUUAGAGCGGGACCCUCCGGAAGUGGCUCGCUUUCCCAAACGUCACUCAAAGAGGUUCCUCACUCCGUGGGUGCUCAGCUAGUAGGCAAAGGGGAAACAGAGAUCAAAGUACCCAAGGAGUCCGGUGAUCCUGACGAUGGGAGAUCCAACCCGCUUCUAUUCCCCUAUAAGCUCCAUUUGCAGCUUACACCUCUAUUUAAGUAAGUCCUCGCAAUCUCCAUCAAAAUCCAUUCAAUUUUCAGACUUCCCACUAACAAAGAUGUAGUAUCCCAUCUAUCACGGCAUGGGUCGGCAGGUUGUCAGACCCUACAGUUGAAAUAGAGAAGGCCAUCCGCAAACACCUUUCCGAUGAGGAAAUGAAUGUUUUGAAAAAGGUGGAAGCUUACAAGCAAUUCCUCACGAGAGCCACGGAUCACCACACUCGCAAGUUAGCAAAGGAUUCCAAGUAGACCGCAAUGUCUAGAAUAUCUUUGUCUUUAAUUU